AUGGUGGCAAAAUGGGCAUUGCUGCCAUUGCUGAGCGUUUUGUUCGCCCUAUCAACCGCCUCACGAUUACCACCGAUUCCCAGUCAACAAGCCCAACAUCAAAAGAAACAAUUUGAUGACCUCUCGGCGAAAUACCUAACGCCAGACGACUUCGAGCUAGCCGCUAAACAGCCGGUUGCACGUCCCACUGGUGCCGACUUGGACGCCGUUCAGAACGCGGCUCUCUUCGAAGGAGACAUUGAGGGAAUUCCACCAGAUUCAACUCCAUCAUUCAAUCAAAGACUACGAGAUUCUCCAAUUGGAAAUUAUGAAGAUAUCUUUAGACAACCGUUUAACUCGGCUUUGAAUUUGGCCACUUACCCAGACAAAUUGUGGCCUGAUGGAGUGGUUCCAUAUAUGCUCGAAGAGGGAAUGACUUCACAACAACGAGCUGCGAUUGCACAAGCUUUUGACGAAUACAAACAAAAAACGUGUAUACGAUUUGUGCCGCGAAGUGACGAUGAUUUUGAUUACAUUUAUGUGAAGAGAAAUGUCGCUUUUGGUUGCUCAUCGUAUGUCGGCCGAGCUGGUGGCAAUCAAACAGUUUCUCUCGAGGUUGAUAAGUGCUUCAGCAAGGGAAUCAUCGCUCACGAGUUGAUGCACGCGAUCGGCUUUUUCCACGAACAUUCACGAACCGAUCGAGAUCAUUAUGUAGACAUCGUGGACGACAAUAUACGACCAGGUAUGAUGCGCAAUUUCGAGAAAUAUCCACAAAAGAUUAUCGACCCAUUGGGAAUGCCAUAUGAUUAUGAUUCGGUGAUGCACUAUCAUAAGCUGGCCUUUUCGAAGAAUGGGAAAUCGACGAUUGUCCCGAAAGAAAAAGGAGCCGAGAUUGGGCAAAGAUAUAAACUUUCUGAUAUCGAUUCUCAAAAGGUAAACAAGCUUUACAAAUGCGGAGAUUUUGCCUCAACUUCCUCAACAACGACAACUACAACUCAAUCAUCAUCAACAACAACGACUACUCCAAAAGAAGAGGUCAAGGAGAAGAAGAAGUCAUCAUCGACCACCACAACUACUACGACUACAACAACGACUCGUGCCAAAGUGACAACACCAAAUGGUGGAUCGAAAAGUAGAGGAAAAUGCGAAGACUUGAAUGCACAUUGUGUUAUGUGGGAACAAUUGGGGCAUUGUGAACAUUCUCUCAAAUAUAUGAGCCACUAUUGUAGGAAGGCUUGUGGUUUUUGCGAUGACGAUGAUCAAAUUGAGGAAGAGUUGAAAAAAGAAAAAGAAGAAAUGGAAAGAGAACGCUUAAGAAAGGAACAAGAAGAAAAUCGAGAAAAGGAAAAAGAAAAAGAGAGAUUGGAGAGGUUGAGAAAAGAGAAAGAAGAAAAAGAGAGAAGAAGCAGAGAAAGAACAACGACUCCAUCAACAACAACAACGACAAAGAGCACGACUACAAAAAGACCUCCAUUCACAUAUCGCCCGAGAGGAGGCGGUUUUGGACGAGGAAGAUGGUCAACAACUCGACGACCUGAUAAUCGAGAAAAGGAACGAGAAAAGAGCCGUGUUAAACCAAAGCUUCCAAAUGGAGAAAUGUGUGAAGACAAAAAUCUCUUCUGCUCAUAUUGGGCGAAGAUUGGUGAAUGCAGCAGUGAGAGCAAGUUUAUGAAGGUUUUCUGCAAGGCGAGUUGUGGAAAAUGU